AUGGGACCCAGGCAGCUACGCCGGCGCUCAGGCUCCCUCGGCGAUGAUCCGUACGCCGUUCUCGGCCUGCGGCCCGACGCGACGCAGCGCGACAUCACGCGGUCACGCCACGCUCUGGAGAAGACGAUGCAUCCGGACAGGCUCGUCGACAAGAAGAUCACGGACGAGCAGCGCGAUUUGAUGAAGGAGCGCCUCGAGGCGGUCCGCGAGGCGUACGCGAAGAUUGGCACCCCCGAGGACCGCGCCCGCUACGAUGACGCCAGGGCGCGCGCGGCCUCACGCGCCGCAGCAGCGCAGGCGAGGCGCGAGCGCGGAGGGCGCUCGGGGAUGUACGAGCGGCGGCGCAAACAAUCUGGCGGGGAGGGGGCCGAGGCGCACACCGGGGUCGAAGCUACCUUUGGCGUGUCGUCACUGGCGAACUGCCUAACCGAGCUCUUCGGCAUCGAUGUGCGGCAGCUGCUGCUGUGCCUCCGCCCGCCCUGCCUCCCGCGGCCGGACGAGGCGGCAGCGGCCCGCGCCAAGGCGCGUUGGCGGAAUAUGGCGGCGGACGUCAUCGCGGCGAGGUGGCUGCAGCGAGCAGAGCGGAGGCGGGAGCUUGAGGCGGAGCUGGAUCGUAGCGAGGCGCUCUCCGCCAUUGCGUCCGAGGCGAUGUCGUCUGAAGUUGCCAUCGGCCUGAGCGAGCAGGAGGCGGCGCAGCUCGAGGCGCUCCGCUCCUCAGUGCGGCUCGCGUCCUUGGCCGAGGAGGGGUGGGCGCAGACGGCCGGCUGCGCCGAGAUCCCGAUCGGGCUGAGCGAGGUGGACGCGAUCGAGAUUAUCGAGCUGCGCGAGACGGAGCGGCUGAGAGGCCUCGCCGAGGAGGCGCUGGACUACGGCGCGGAGCGGCCGAUCGGCCUCUCCGAGGACGAGGCGGACGCGCUCGAGGAGCUGAACCGGCUGCUGCGCGCGCAGGCCGCAGCGGAACAAGCGGAGGCGCGAGGAUGA